AUGACUUUUAAAACAAUUGGUAGAUCACAUUUAGGAAUCAAAAUUCGUGCGACAGGUCAUCGGGAAAGUAGUGCAUUAGUUGCAGAUAGUUUUGCAUCUGGCCGAGUGUUUCUUGCUGGUGAUGCUGCUGAUAAAGGCGAAAAUGUUUUUAUGAUCAUUGUCGAUCAGGCGAUGGAAUUCGGUCAAUUAUAUUCAGUUCUUGGUGUCAGUAAUGAAUUUUCAUCUGCUUAA